AUCUUCCUUCCUACCGCCACGCCGGGGCAGUCCUCUCUGCUUCCGCUAUUUACUUGAACACUCGAGGGGAGCAGCGGUGAUCAGAAAAUGGGGCUAUUGAGAGAGAGGAAACCCUCUUCCUCACCGUCUUCUACAUCCCCGUGUGCCCAGCUCAGAGCUGCUUACUACAGCUGCUUCAACAAGUGGUACUCGGAGAAGUUUGUGAAGGGUCAGUGGCAGAAGGAGGAAUGUGUUGCUGAGUGGCAGAAGUACAGAGCUUGCCUCUCGGAACAUUUAGAAGACAAACACCUGAGCCGCUUCUUGGAAGCUGAAGGCUUAGGUGACCAUGACACCGCCAUUAAAUCUGAUUCAGCGGGCUCAGUUGAUGGGGAAGAUAACAGCGUUUCUCACUAGCGCUUGAUUGAGGUUGACGGGAUCUGACGUGAAUAUUUAACUGGUAAGGGCUGAUCAUUGUUUCAAGUGAAUUUUUGGAACUUCUUCGGGGUAUGCUCCUCGGGUUGAUGUCCCUUGGCUCUUCACCUUCAAUGCUACUGACCAUGACUUUAUCUAGUAACUUGUGUAGACUCCUUUUCUCAGGCUCAUUUCGACGGUGUCUACUGUCCCGUCAUAGAAGGGAAAAGAUCAGACCAUCCAAUGAUCUAUGCAUUUGAUGUAAUUUUUUGUUUCAAUUAUGUAUUGCUACCUUACUAAAUCGUUUUGAUGAGUUAAAUUAUAUUCUCAAUUGUAUUCAAUUGAUCUUGGUUGA